AUGCGUUGCAAAGAUGGACAGCGGGGGGCGCCAGGGCGCCCAGGGGAGGAGCCUGGAGCCAGGACCAGGUCGCUGGACCGGGAGGCAGAGCCUCCAGCUGCCCGUCACGCCCUGGCCAUCUCCCAGCAGGCCGAGCUCAUUUCCCACCAGCUCCAGGAGAUCCGGCGUCUAGAGGCGGAGCUAACCGGACUCCGGGCCACCGCCCUCCAGCAGGAAGCCACAGCAGCCGCGAGGGAGAGCACCUUGGCCUGCCUGCAGGGGGAGCUGGAGCAGCUGAGGGGGAGGAGCCAGGCCGAGGGCGAGGCCCUGAGGGCGGAGCUAGAGGAGCAGAAGAGGCGUGGCCAGGCAGAAGCUGCUGCCCUGAAGGCGGAGCUAGAGGAGCAGAAGAGGCGUGGCCAGGCAGAAGCCGCUGCCCUGAAGGCGGAGCUGGAGGAGCAGAAGAGGAGUGGCCAAGCGGAAGCUGACGCCCUGAGGGCGGAGCUAGAGAUGGCCGUGGAGCGGCACCGGCAGGAGUUGGCGGCGGUGCAGGGGGAACUGUGGGCGGCGCUGGAGAAAAGGGAAGCCCUGAGCCAGCAGGCGGCAGAGCACAUGCAGGAGGUGCUGGGUGAGCACAAGGCUGAGCUCUCCCGUCUCCACCAGGCCCAUGGGGCUGAAGUUAGCUCCCUGUGGCAACAGUCCCUGCAGCUGGAGCAGGAGGUGGAGGCACGGAGACAAGCGAGCCAGAGUCUGCAGGAGCAACUGAGGUAGGAACAGCCGCCGGACCCCCCGUCAGCUUCCUGAUUUGCCAGAGUUCCUGACUCUCGGGAACGGUAGGAGGGAGAACAGCAAAAUAAAGACAGUGGCUUCAGGGGUGGGGAACUCUUUUCAGGUCGGGAGCCACUGACCCACAAAACAUCAGUCAGGGAUCUGGGGCUGCGGGGAGACAGCGGUGGUGGGGGUGGUCUGGCGUGUAGGCGCCCCAAUGCUGGGGGAGGCCCACCCCGAGCUAGAAACAUAAAAGGUAACAUUGAGGGUCACCUAAAAAGACAUUAGAAACAAGAGGAAGACCACAGACAAGGUAGGCCCACGGCUCAGGGAAGAAGGAAAAACGGUGACAGAAAAUGUGGAGCUGGCAGAGGUGCUUAACGACUUUGUGUCGGUUUUCACCAAGACGCUUCUGGUGCUUGGACGCCAGUGACAAUGGGGUAGGUUAUUCACGGUUCAGAACAAGUGGGGUUCCGCAGAGAUGGGGUCUGCUGUGGGAUCAGUUCUGGUCCAGAUCUUCAGCGAUGUUGAGAUGGUGUGGGGAAAGGUUACGUUUACACUUGCGCCCACCUUCAAGAGAGGGAUGCAAAUGAAGACAUUCG